CAUUCGAUUUUAUACGUUGGUCUGCCAUGAGUCCCAGAGAAGUGGCAUAGGUAUGUGGAGAGAUGACACUGUCCCACUCUCUAAAAUUGAAACUCGCGCGGGAAUAGACAUGAACGGAGGAAUUGCUUCAACUCAAUGUUUUCUCCCAAGGACGUCGUAUCAUCUUCCCGCCGGUUAUUCUGCAAAUACGUUUAUGGAGACCCAUUCUUUAGUUCACUCACCAAAGUCUCAGCUUUUCCCUCAAGAUCAGUCACGGAGUACUACGUACGCUCUUCUUUUGAUGUCCAGAUACAGACGCAAGUUCGUCAUGACAACCGUUGUCAAAAGGCUGGAAUUUUAUCGGAAGGAGCUGAACUUGGGCUUUCUCAGAAGUAUGAUCUUUUGAUUGAAAAGUACCGAUUUCCCAGUUCUGGUUUUGAAGCCAAACAGUUUCAUUCAGAUGUAAUCAAGAAUGGGUUCGUUGGCGAUCUUUUUAUGGGCAAUACCCUCAUCAAUGUUUAUGCUAGGAGUGGAGAUUUGGUCUCUGCUAACAAUGUGUUCGAUGAAAUGCCGGAUAAGAAUUCCGUUACGUGGGCGUGCUUGAUUACUGGGUAUACUCAAAAUGAAACGCCUGAAGAUGCAAUUGCAGUUUUUGGCAGAAUGGUGUCUGCAGGGUUUAUUCCAAACCAUUAUGCACUUGGAAGCGCGUUAAGGGCUUGUCAGAGAUUGGGAGCUGAGGGGUUAAAACAUGGGAUGCAAAUUCAUGGUUUAGUCUCGAAAACCCGUUAUGCAUUUGAUGUGGUCGUGUGCAAUGCCUUGGUCUCCAUGUAUGGGAGCUGCAUUGUGGGUUCCACUGGUAGUGAUCAUGCCUGGUGUGUUUUUGAUGGAAUUGAAAAUAAAAAUUCCAUAUCCUGGAAUUCUAUCAUAUCAGUUUACUCUCAGAGGGGGGAUGUGGUUUCUGCUUUUGAUCUUUUCUCUGAUAUGCAAAAGAGGGGUUUAGGGUUUAAUUUUAGGCCUAGCGAGUAUACAUUUGGCAGCUUAAUAACUGCUGCCGCUGAAUCCCUUAAUGUUGAUCAUGGUUCCUUACUGCUCAAGCAGCUGCUAGCAAAAGUCGAGAUGUAUGGGUUUGUAGAAGAUUUAUAUGUAGGUAGUGCUUUGGUGAGCGGUUUUGCAAGGCUCGGUUUGAUAGAUAUUGCCAAGAGUAUUUUUCAGCAAAUGGGCACAAGAAAUGCAGUGUCCGUGAAUGGUUUGAUGGUUGGAUUAGUGAAGCUUAAGCAAGGGGAAGAAGCAGUGGAGGUUUUCUUGGAUACUAGACACCUGGUUAAACUAAAUGUUGAUAGUUAUGUUCUUCUUUUGAGUGCCUUUGGCGAAUUCUCAUGUCUAGGAGCAGGGAUAAGUGAUUCAAGUAUUUCAAUCGGGAACAGUUUGAUUAAUAUGUACGCCAAAUGUGGUGCUAUUGAAGAUGCUUGUUCUGUUUUCAACUUGAUGCUUGAAAAAGAUUCAGUUUCAUGGAGUUCCAUGAUCUCUGGGUUUGACCAAAAUGAGUGUUUUGAAGAUGCAUUGUUGAGUUUCCGUACUAUGAAGAGAAUAGGAUUAAUGCCUUCAAAUUUCACACUGAUCAGCACCUUAAGUUCUUGUAGUAGUCUAGGCUGGAUCAGGAUGGGAGAGCAAAUACAUAGCGAAGCAAUUAAGUUGGGACUGAAUUGGGAUGUUUCGGUGUCAAAUACCCUUCUUUCACUAUAUGCUGAUACUGGAUAUGUCACUGAAUGCAGGAAAGUAUUCUCCAUUAUGCAUGAUCGUGAUCAAGUGUCAUGGAAUUCAAUUAUCGGGGCGUUCACUGAUUCAGAGUCAUCCAUUGUCGAAGGCACAAGAUAUUUCAUAGAGAUGAUGCGAGCUGGAAGGAUUCCUAAUAGUGUAACCUUUAUUAAUAUUCUUGCAGCAGCAGCAUAUCUUUCUUGUGUUCAACUCACACAUCAGGUUCACACUCUGGUAUUAAAGUAUCGCCUUACAGAUGAUAAGGCAGUUAACAAUUCUCUGCUCACUUGCUAUGGGAAGUCUGGAGAAAUAAAUGGCUGUGAAAGUAUAUUCUCCAGAAUGUCGGAAAGGGAUGAUGUCAGUUGGAAUUCCAUGAUCUCAGGAUACAUACACAGUGAGCAUUUAGUAGAGGCCAUGGACUUAGUCUGGCGUAUGUUGCAUAGUGGCCAAAGAUUAGAUUCUUUCACCUUUGCUACAGUCCUCAGUGCUUGUGCUUCUGUUGCAACACUGGAGCAUGGCAUGGGGGUUCAUGCUUGUGCUACUAGAGCUGGUUUGGUAUCUGAUGUGGUUAUUGGCAGUGCACUUGUUGACAUGUAUGCCAAAUGUGGAAGGAUAGAAUAUGCUUCAAGAUUUUUUGAGUUAAUGCCACUCCGAAAUGUAUACUCUUGGAACUCCAUGAUAUCUGGCUACGCACGGCAUGGUGAUGGGCACAAAGCUUUGGAGAUGUUUUCAAAGAUGAAACUGGAAAACCAACAACCGGAUCAUGUGACUUUCGUUGGUGUCUUAUCAGCUUGUAGCCAUGUGGGAUUGGUCAGCGAAGGAUAUGACCAUUUUGAGUCCAUGAGCAAAGUGUACAACCUAACACCUAGAAUCGAGCACUUCUCAUGUAUGGUUGACCUCCUUGGCAGAGCAGGUGAAUUUGAUAAGUUAGAGGACUUCAUAAAUAGAAUGCCAAUAAAGCCCAAUGUUCUAAUAUGGAGGACUGUUCUCGGUGCUUGUGGCAGGGCAAAUGGUCGGCUGCUCGAUUUGGGCAGGAGGGCUGCUCAAAUGAUAAUGGAAUUGGAACCACAAAAUGCAGUGAACUAUGUGCUCCUUUCUAACAUGUAUGCCUCUGGAGAGAAAUGGGAACAUAUGGCUCAGGCCCGGCAUGCCAUGAAGGCAGCAGCAGCUAGAAAAGAAGCCGGUUGCAGUUGGGUCACUAUGAAAGAUGGGAUACAUGUUUUCAUCUCUGGAGACAAAACACAUCCUGAUACAGAUGCAAUAUAUGAAAAGCUUGGUGAAUUGCAUGGGAAAAUAAAGGCUGCUGGAUAUGUUCCCCAGAUAAGAUAUGCACUUUACGAUCUGGAACUGGAGAACAAGGAGGAGAUCUUGAGCUAUCACAGUGAGAGACUUGCGGUUGCCUUUGUGCUUAUGAGGAAAUCAGAACUGCCGAUAAGGAUUAUGAAAAAUCUUCGAGUUUGUGGGGAUUGUCAUUCAGCCUUCAAGUACAUAUCAGCCAUUGUUGGCAGGCAGAUUGUGUUGCGUGACUCCAACAGGUUUCAUCAUUUCGUGGAUGGUAAAUGUUCCUGUAACGAUUACUGGUGAUUUUUAGAGGCAUUGCCAUUCUUGAGCUACAAUGUUUGCUUAUUUGGAGCCAACUGUGGGGAAGAAGAACAGUAGACACUUUGCUAAUUUGUACCAAACAAGGUUUGAUGCCACUGCAAGCAUCAGAGGCUUGCCCUUCUACUUCUUCUGUGAAUCCUCUUGCUCCUGGAUAUCCAACUUGGCACGAAGCUUGAGUGCUUGUAAACAAUCAAUCAACUGGAGCGAUGCCAUCUGAA